GCCCUCGGGGCCGCCGUACACGCUUCGGUGCGGCGGACGCGCCGCCAUUGGCUUGGGCGGGACCGGGAGGGGCGGGAUGGCGCCAGCGGGGCCGGAGGUCGCCGCCGCCACCUUUGAGCGGAGGGUGCUGCGGAGCGCGGCGGAGCACCACUACCUGCGAGUGCGGCUGGAGCUGCCGGACGGCGGGGCCCGGCCGAACGUGGCGCAGUUCAAGCAGCUGGUGGUGUCGGCGCUGAGGGAGCUGCACGGAGAGGUUGGAGCAGCUUUGCCUGUUGACAUCUUAACAUAUGAGGAAAAAACUCUCUCUGCCAUAUUAAGAGUUGUUAGCAGUGGCCUUGUCAAGCUGUGGAGUGCUCUGACAUUGCUGGGCUUCUACCAGAACAGGAGGUGUGCCUUUCGAGUGCUGCAGACGUCUCCAUUUCUUCUCGCGUUAGCUGGCAACAGUAGAGAACUAGUCUUGGACUGAACACAGUUGUUGGUCUGGUUGUACGAAGCAGAAGUUGCUUGAGAUGUUGCAACUCUUCAGGCGUGGAAUUUUUGGAGGGGUUUUCCCACAAAGAGCCUUGACAAAGCUCAUCUUUAUCAACUCACGGUUUGGACGUCCUGUACUUCAGAGCUUACACAUAAAAGUUGGAGACAAGGCUGAAAUUGCCAAAGCUUUUACCCAGGAUGAUGUUAUUACAUUUUCUCAUUUAACAGGUGACACAAAUCCUUUGCAUUUAAAUGAAGAUUUUGCAAAGCAGUCUAGGUUUGGGAGAAUUGUUGUACAUGGAGUUUUGAUCAAUGGACUUAUUUCUGCGGUUCUGGGUACUAAAAUGCCAGGUCAAGGAUGUAUAUUUCUUUCUCAGGAGAUCCGAUUCCCAGCUCCUUUGUAUCCUGGUGAGGAGGUUGUAGCUGGAGCAGAAGUGCAACACCUGAAGGGUUCUAUUGCUCACAUUUCGGUGUCCUGUAAAGUCAAAGACAGUGCAAAGACUGUUAUGGAGGGGAUGGUGAAAGUCAUGGUGCCAGACCGUCAGAGCUGUUGAUCCUGUGCUUCUCUACUAUAAAGGCCACAAAUGUACA